GGCACUGGAGGGGAAAGGUUUGGGAAAAUCCGAAAGCCCCCCCAUCCUCGGCUACCCUGCAGCUCCCAACAACAAAGCCCCCUCCUGCUGCUGCUGCUGCUGGACCCUGUACUUCGCCCCUGGGGUCUAGCCUGAUGCCCCUGCAGGGGGGAUGGGGCCCAAGGCGAUGCCCGCUGCAGAUCUACUGUUGCUGCCACUGCUACUCCUCACUGCCACCGUCAUGCAGACCCUCCAGGCCGCCCACCCCUUCCUCCCCAGCAUGACCACGCUGGACAUGGCUCCGGCCUCCUUUGACGACCAGUACAUCGGCUGCGCUCAGGACAUGGAGCACGAGCUGGCCGCCCUGAACCAGACGGAGUUCGCCACCAGCCGCACCUACGCCGAGGCUUGGGAGGCGGCCUCGGCCCGCUGGCGGGAGCACCUGGGUGGAGGAGGGAAGCGGCCCCCCUGGCCCCCGGGCUUCCGGGAUGAGCACGCGGUGGCCGUCCUGGCCUACACCGCCAACGGGCCCCUGCACCGGGAGUUCAACACCGCCGUGCGCGAGGCCGGCCGCUCCCGGGCCUACUACCUGCGCUAUUUCCGCUUCAAGACCCUCCACUUCCUGCUGACCCAGGCGCUGGCUCUGCUGGGGGCCGGGCAGAACCCCCAGUGCCGCCGGGUGUACCGGGGGGUGGCCGGGGUGCGCUUCCGGACCGGGGCCGAGCCGGGGGGGGCCGUUCGUUUCGGCCACUUCGCCUCCUCCUCCCUGCACGAGGAGGCCGCCCUCCAGUUCGGCCAGGACUCCUUCUUCUCCAUCCGGACCUGCCACGGGGCCGACAUCCGCUCCUUCUCCUUCUUCCCCGGGGAGGAGGAGGUGCUCAUCCCCCCCUACGAGAGGUUCCGGGUCAUCAACGCCAGCACCGGGCCCCACGGCCCCAACCACAUCUACCUGCAGUCCCUGGACAAGACCAGCACCUACAACUGCGAGUACAUCAAAGAUAAGAAGUGCACAUCCUGGAGGUGCAGAUUGAACGAUUCGGCAGCAGCCACAGGGAGCGAGGCCUCUCUGUGGUUACUCCUACCCCUCUUCUGGAGCGUCUGGUUGGUAUUGAGCCCCUUGGAACCUUUCUGAUGCCCAGUCCAGAAGUAGGCAAUGCCCAGCUCGGGAGGAGUCCGGAGCCAGCAUGCUCCUGGACUGACGCAGAAUGGGCAGGAUCAACCCUGGGCAGAGGCCAGAAAGCGGGCCGCCCCAUUGCAGGCUGAGUCCUCUGUGGGGUGGGACCCAGGGGUUCUGGGGCUGGGAGAGGGCAGGCGGGGUGGCAGAGGAUGGACAUGGUUUUCCAAGAUCGUCAUUUUUCCAACAUUGAAGAAUAUCUUGCUCUCCUGCCUCUGAGCCUGGGAUGCUGCACUUGGGACAACCACCCCUAUCUUCUUGAGGCCAACACCAAGCCACCUCUUCCGGGAAGCUUUCCUUGACUGAAUUCACCCACUCGCCAACGCAUCAAGUUUGAGGAGCCACGUCACUCCCCUCCCGUGGCUAUAUCUGUCCAGGUGGACAGGGGUUGACUGUGAGUCCUGUCUCCUUAGGUACCAUGUCCACCCCUCUCCCCUACUAGACCUGGGGGUCCUUGCGGGCAGAGUUCAUGUCUCUUCCCAGGAGCAGUUGUGCCCUUUGCGCAUGCUCAGUAAAGACA